AUGAAUACCAAUGCCGAUGCUGUGACUGCUGCGCUGAAUGUUUCAGACUGCUGGGUUUGCCAUUAUAUGCCCCACACUUCUGCGGCAUGGCCCUUCUACGGGAUUCCGUACACCUAUCAUGACAUGGCGGUCUUGAACGACACCUGCUCCGGCCCUGUGUCUGUUGUGGCUGGGCUGCUGACUCGCGAGCUACGGUCAUCGUCCUCAACUCCACCACCACCUGCAUGUCGCGUUUCUGGUAUUGUUAAGUCGCGGGCAGUGGAGGCGGCCUUUGUGGCCACGCAUGACCGGUUACAACAGGAGUAUGCUGAGAACGAUCCAAUCCUCUAUCUGACUCAGGCAGACCAGUCUAAUCACUGGGGCUUCACUACAGUCCAUUUGCUGGUAGGCAUGAAUAAAACAGGAGAGGGCUGGGUUUGCUCAGCCCAGGUGAUUAUCACAUGGGCUGUUGGUAAGGCAGGGGAGGCUGGGGACCCCGAGCGCUACGGUGCACGGGUGCAAGAACUGACUGUACCUGCUCUGCGAUGCCGCCAAAGCCCUGAUAACUGUUCUUAUUCUGCAGUGUCCUGUCCAUCGGACUCGACCGUGAUGGUGAAGGGAGUGACCCCGCCUGAGGAUGGCUUGGCUGUCAUCCCGGUAAAUGGGACUGUGUGUUUCCAUCUGUCUAAUUCAGCCCAGUCUCGAACCCCUUCCUCCCCACCUGUUCACUGUAAGGCUUAUGUUAACUUCUCUGUCCUUGGUGAUGUCCUGCUAGUGGCACCACCACGUUCGGCGUUUAUCUGUGGUCACAAAGACUCUCUUAAGGGUUACACUGUUUUGUUUCUUUCGAAACCGAAGGCUGAUUGGUAUUGUUAUCUAGCUUAUCUUGUUCCUCCUAUUCAUGUAGUGCCCAAGGCGCAGAUGUCGUUAGCCGUGCGUGCAUAUACACGCAGCAGACAGUCUCUUAGUCAGACUGAGCAAUGGUUUGAGGUGUUUAUUCCAUCCCUUGGGUUGGCAGACCUUCAGACAGAGGUGGCUGCCCUGCAGACUGCAGUUGAAAAGGUGGCCAAUCAAACGCUUGACACCGUGAAGGCCGUCUCGGGUGAUUUGUCAGCGGUUAGGCAGGUAGCUCUGCAAAACCGCAUGGCACUGGAUCUCCUGUUGGCUGAGAAAGGUGGAGUUUGUGCUAUUGUGGGAAGAGAAUGUUGCAAGUACAUCCCUGAUUCAUCUCAGGCUGUGCAGGAUCUAGAGGACGUGGUGCACAAGCAGAUGUCUGAGGCAAAUUCUGUUAUGCUCCUAUGGGCUCCCCCUCUUCCCUACGCGGAUGAUCCUCUUCUUCCCGCCUGGCUCUACGACUCUCAGCCCCGGGUUGUCGUCCAUGCGACCGGCAACGCCGACACCGUUGGUGACUCCUGUUCCAUCCAGCCGCCACCGGCCCGAUUCGACCCGCUGCGCAAUGGUCCGGCGUUUUACUACACUGCGGACUCUGAUUGUUUGUGAACUAUGCGGAUCUCGCAUGUUCAAAAGGGGGGAAUGUGGAAUUAAAAUUGGACAUCGGUAGGCCCGGGAGGUUGGCAUAUUGGGUCUGUGUGUGUCUUUAGGCCUUAGGCAAGAAGAGAUUGUUUUGAAUACUGCGUGACCUCGCUUCGAGAUAGCUGCCUGCAGUAAGUUCCGCAGACCCUGAGGAAAGCUCGGGCCUUGGAGAGGCAUACAGCGGAACAAAGGGGGGGGAGAAACCACUUGCAGGGAGAGAUUCGAAGCUGCCCCAACUGGUGCACAGCCAGUUAUAGCUUUAUAGAAUAGUUGUGGCAAACAAUAUAUAGCAAGCUAUGCGGUAGUGCAAAUGUAUAAGUAAUUGUUAAUCAUACUAAUCAUAUGUUAACCAUGUAUUGGCAGUGAUUCAAUGACAAUACGUCAAUAUGUUAAUCAUUAAUCAAAGGACAAAUGCCAGAGUGUGAUGAGAGCGCUUUGCUGAGUUGCUGAAAUAAGAGAUUUCCUUUACCUCAUCAAACUGAGAGGUCCGACUUUUAUUCUAAGUGUUAUAUUCAAAAUUUUUCUACCACAAUUGCAUAUUAUCAAUGUUUGGGUUUCCAAUGGACACCACGGUUUCUUCCUACAGACCCUAAAUAAACAAGCAAACAAAUCAAUAAA